GCUGCUACUCUUAUUGCUGCUAAUAUUGCUACUGCUCCUGCUCCUGCUACUGCUGCAGGGCCAUAGACAGCCACCGUUUCACCCGCCAUGGGUCUCUUUGGCGUCUCCACUCCCGCACGGAGCGACAAAACAGCCUCGACAAUGGAACAAACACAAAACUCCAUCAACAUGACCUUCGACCACGUCGAAUCCUUCGUCGAACCUGCAAAGCCCAAACAAUCAGGAAGGCCUGUACUGGUUCCUCGCAGCGCCAAUCGCAGAGCUGGUGAGUUUACACCUAUUUUGCGAUCCAGUAAGAAAGUGAGGAGGCCGUUGCCCUUCUCUGUCAAACGCGGUCUAGAUGAUGCCAGCGGGUCUGCCGCUGCUGCCACACCUGGUCGGAAUGGUACAUUCAAUCAAAGCGACGUGAGCGCCUUUACCUCUGGCUUAUCACCUGUUCCCCGUGGCAAGGAUGGUAGUGUUUUUGGUGGUACAGAACAUACAGCGCGUACCCGUCAGGCGCGCUCACAAGGCCGUUUCGCGUCUCCCUCAGCGCGUUCAGAGAUGUUGGAAGGCGGUGGUGGUAUGCGAGAGCAAGAGAAACUCAUGGAUCAGAUGAAGAAGGACAAUUGGGAACUCAAACUCAAAGUCUUCUUGUUGGAAAAACAAAUGCACCAAUCCUCACCGGAACAUGUACAGCAAGCCCUCAAGGAGAACAUCGACUUUAAGAUUGAACAGGCGUCGUUUGCGCGAGAACUAAACAAGUAUAAACGACUGCUUGCUGAACAAGAGCAAAAAGUCGCUUCCCUCGGUGAUCGCGUCGAAGCCAGUGUCAACUGCGCCUUGCCACAUAUGACGGAUGAAGACCGCGAUAUUUUGGAGGAACUCGAGCGCGAGCGCGAUGAUCUCCUCAAUGAAGCUGAAGACCACCAGUACCAGAUUCGCGAGUUGGGAGCACAAGUCGAGAGCCUGGCAGAGUCACAAACACAAGUGGCGGAGCUGCAGGAGGAAAUCGAGUCACUCAAGGAGAAGCUCGAACAGGCUGAUGCUGCCCAAGAAGAAGCUGAUCAAGCUGCUCUCAAGCUCAGCGAAGCGGAAGACCAAAUGCUUGCGCUGCGUGAUGAACUCGCUUCCCUUCAAUCAAAGCAUGACGACUUGCUCUCCCAGACACGCUCAGCAGACGAUGAUAUUGUCAAUUUGCUACGUGACCAAGUCGAUGAGAAGGCCAACAUCAUUUUGGAUUUGACAACUAAAUUACGCAGUGCCGAGCGCGAGACGAGUGCCGUGCAAGCACGUCUCGAGAGUGUCUCUUCGCGUGCUGCCGCCUUGGAAGAACGCAAUGAUUCCCUCGAAGCUGAACAUGACGAUAUGCGCACUGCACACGAUACGCUACAAGCCUCGCAUGAUCAAUAUGAGAUUCAAGCCAAUGCGCUUCAACAAGAACAAGCACAACUCAAGCAGGCAUUGCAAAAAGCACAGGACGGCUUGGAGAUGCUACAAGCGGAAUUGGCUGAACGGCAAGAAGAUAUUUUGGAAUUGCAAGGUGCUUUGCAGGAUCGCUCUAUGGAAGUUCGAUCAUUGGAAGAGCGUGCCGAGGCGCGCGCUGAGCGAUCUCGCAUGGGUGGUCAAUCAGUCGAUGAGGUUGAGCGCCUUGAACAGGCAUUGCAAGAGGCGAACCAGGAAGGUGAAGCGAUGCAACAGGAGCUCGAAGGUCUCUACACUCAGAUUGAACAGCUCGAAGCAGAAGCUGCCGAAGCAGUUGAACGUGAACAGAGCAAGCAACGUGAAUUGGAUGCGUUGCAGCGUCAAUACCUGCAAUCUCAAAGCAAAGCAGAUUCCAUUGAGCGCGAAGCCACAGGUCUGCGACUCAAAUUGGAGAGUCAGCAAGUCCGUGUCACAUCACUCGAAGCACAAAUCAAGCAGCUCGAAACAUCUGGCGAUGCAGCUGCGAAUGAUGUGCAUGAUCGUUUGCGAGAGGCGAAUGCCGAGUUGCGCGGUCAGCUUGAGGAUUUGGAGAUGGCGUUGCGCGAGAAGGAGGAGGACUUGGACGCUGCACAGGAUGAGCUUCUCAAGAUGGAGGCAUCACUGGAGCGUGCACAAGCUGCUGCCACCUCUACACAAUCUGCUGUUGGCUCUGUUGAGACUCAGCUUCAGCAAGCCCAGCUACGCGUUGCAGUCGAAGAAGACAAGGCCCUACAGCUUUCCAAAACUCUGCAACAAACACGCUCACAGCUCGCUGACGCACAACAGCAAUACAACCUGGACUUGCAAGAAGCACGCCGGCAAGCGAGUUCAGAGGAGGAAAAGGCACAUGCACUCAAUACCUCUUUGCUCAACAUUCGCGCCAUGCUCGCCGAGACGCAACUCUCACACAAGGGUGAAGUCAAUACAUUAACACGCUCGCAUGCUGCUGAACGAUCAGCUCUUGAAGCCAAGACUCGCGAGCUUGACUCUGCACUCACUGCGCACGUGGCACAAGCUGAGCGUGCCCUGCAGCAGCAUGAAGAAACAGCAAGUGCUACUGCACGAGAACUGGCAGGUGCGCGAAAUCAAAUCAUGCAGCUUGAAUCGACCAUUUCGCGUUUGUCGCAGGUGGAAGAGACGACGAGUAGCGAUCAUGCCAAGUUCAAGGAAGCCUUGCAAGCUGAAUCUUCUCGUCACCAGAUUCGCGAGCGUGAAUUGCAACAGCAGGUGGAUACGCUUGAGCUACAAAAGCUUGACCUCAAGCAAGAACUGGAGACUCGAAUUGGAGAAUUGCACCGUCUGCAAGAUCAAGUUCGUACAGCAUCAGCUUCUGAGGAGGACAUGCGUCGUGAAGUGACAAUGCUGCAGCAACAACUCGAUGAUGCACAAAUGGACCUGCAAACGCAUCAAGAUCAACUCAAGGACCGCAGCUUUGCCGUGCAUGAUUCGUCCAGCCGUGUCGCCAAGCUCGAGAGCAAAGUUCAGGAACUUUCUGAAACCUUGCAGUCUGCCAAGAAGGCGCAUCAAGCGGCUCAGGCUGGAGCAGCUGAGCAAAUUGCCGCUGAGAGUGACAAGGCUGCUUCAGCGAUAGCCAACCUCCAUGCGGCACAAUCAAAAAUCACUGCCCUUGAGCAGGAAAAGAAGCGCUCUGAGCUGAACCUGCAUGCAGCAGACACACGCAUCAUUCACAGCAAUACGCGCAUCUCCGAGCUACAGGCUGAAUGCGAAGCCUUGGAAUUGAGACUGGAGCAAUCGGCUUCUCAGGAUGCACAGUCUGAGCAAGCGCGUCACGACCAGGACGAAUCGGAACAGACACGUCUUCGCAAGGAAGUAGCGUCAUUGAAGCAACAGAUCGAAGAGCUCAAGGUACAGGUAGAUGAGGUGGUCGCUGAGCGUGACUUGUUGAUGGAGCAGAAUGAUGAGGCUGCUCUUGCACUCGAACAACAUCAAGUGGAUGCCGACCAUCAGGCUUCCGCCCUUUCUGCGCAAUGCAAGGAUGUCGAGACACAAUUGCAGCAGGAGCGCGUCAAGGUCGAGAAUCUUACUCAGCAACAUCGAGAGGCACUUGACGCUUGUGCUCAGCUUGAAUCCGACAAACACAGAACGAUGCUCGAGUUGGCAGAUGCAAAGGACGCCUUGGUACUCGCCAAGCAAAAAGCUGCUGAUGUCACAUUCAAGGCUGGCUCUGGCGAUGAGCAAGCUUCUAGUCUGCAGCGCGAGGUAGAGCGCUUGUCACAGCAGACUCAAGAACUAUCUGCCCAACUGGAAGAUGCCAAAGCCCAAUCAGACAGAUCGUCGGCCCGUGUUGCUGAGCUUGAAGAUCAACUCUACUAUGCCGACGAAGACCUGAGGCAGGCCGAAGACAAGGAAACUGCUCUGCAGGAGGAGCUGGCCUUGCAUGGCACUGACGCUGAUACGCGUGUUGAACGCGCCGAACAAGAACUUGCCGCAUGUCAAGAAGAGCUGGCUCAACAAGACAAGGAGCGUUUGCUGUUGGAGGAAGCGAAGCGUGCUCUCGAGAAUGAGGUGGCCGCAAAGCAAGCUGAAGUGGUCAGACUGUCCAUUCCUGAACGCGAGAGCUACGGUCGUCGCAGCCGUGGUCUGGAUGAGGCUGAACGUACGUCAAGCUUACAAGUACAAAGGCUGUCCUCGGAACGCGAUAGCCUUGCUCGAGACCUGGCCACCGCGCGUCGUCAAGCGGAUGAGAUGAAGCAACAGCUUACACGUCUACAGCAGCAGAACGGUGUCGCCUCAGCUGCGGCUGCAUUGCGCACACGUCAGCAAGAACAAGCGCUGGCUGAUGAGGUUGCACAAGGCAAGCGCACCAUUGGUCACUUGGAGCAAGAACUGUUCCGAAAGCAAAGCAAGCUGGACGAGUACAAGGCGUACGCUGCCGACAAGGCGUCCCUCGUUCAAAAGUUGGAGCGCAGGUCUUUGAAGCUCGAGCAGCAACUCUCGUCAUCAGCAUCGAGUCUUUCUUCUGGGUACGAGAGAGCUACACAUCGGGGCAAGCACGUCUCGGCACCUGCGCAAGAGCUUCAGGAAGAGAAGCAUAAGCACGAGGCUGAGCUCGCAGGACUGCUCAAGAUGUUGCGUUACCUCAAAUCCAAGACUGACAGGCUUUCGUCACACAAGGCUGCUUUGCAAUUCGUCAAGCGAUACUAUGAUCUCCAAAUCACCAGCUUUGAAGCUUGCAAUCAAGCCAAUCUCGCCAUCAUCCGACAAAUUGGUAUCUACCCAGAUAUGGACUUUUUGUCCGGCAAGCGCAAGUCCUUCCGAAGUGCCGUGCUCGCAGUCAUUGCACUGGGCAGAAUGCAAAAGCAGGCAAAUGUGUGGCGUGCGGAACGGGACAGCAAGGAUCGCAUCGAGCAUGUCUUUCAGAAGCGACGAGCACAGGAGAAUGCGAUGCGGGCGGGCUCUCGACCUUAGAUGGCCAUUGUAGGUUUGUAUAUCAAUUGCUGUAUUGACGAUGUUCAUGUUCUUACUUGCAAAGUACUCGUUGGCAAUCAGCAUCAGAGCGAGUGCGAGCU